AUGGCCGGGUCCCCACUGCCACCCCGCAGCCUCCAGACCCCAACAGCCACCACUCCGACACCAACCGGGGAGCUCUGCAGACCCAGCGGCGGGUCCGGGCUGCGGCGGUGCGGGGGUCCGGCGGGCAGGAGGGGAUCAGGGGCGGCCGGGGGCUCACGGCAGAGCGCCAGCGAGAGGGAGAAGCUGCGGAUGCGGCGGCUGGCGCAGGCCAUGCACCGGCUGCGGCACUACCUGCCGCCCGCGCUGGCGCCCGCCGGGCAGAGCCUCACCAAGAUCGAGACCCUGCGCCUCGCCACGCGCUACAUCGCCCACCUCUCGGCGCUGCUGGGCCUCAGCGAGGAGGUGCUGCUACUGCGCCGCGGGGCGGCCGCCCGCCGCUGCCCGCUCUGCCCCGGGGGCCUGGGCUGCUGCCAGCCCCCGCAGCCCCGGCCGCGCUCCCCAGCCCCGCAGGAGAAUUCGCCCCCCGGCUCGGAGGGUUGGGGGACCCCCCCAGAGCUGCGCGGGGCUCUGGAUGCGGGGACGGGGGCCUGGGGGUCGCUCUCCAACGGCCCCGUGUUGGAGACCCGUCCGCAGCUGCACGUGGUUCCUGACGUGGGGAUGGGGCUCUGGUCGUCACCGUCCUACAGCCCCACUGCGGGGACCCCCCCGGAGCUGCAUGGGACGCUGGGCUUUAUGUCACAGCCCUCACCAUCACCGCUGUGCAGCAUCAGAGCAGCGACCCUGAUGGAGCCCCCGCGGAGAUGCGCAGCAACCACAGGCACCAGGACAGGUCCCUCCUGCUGCACGGAGCCCGCAGCCCCCUCCCUGUAUCCUGGGAUGAGAGCAAAGGCCAUGGGACCUUCAGGACUCCACACAUGCGGCUCUCAGAUCGGCAGCCCCCUGGACCAGGACCUGUUCAUCUCCUCCGACGUCCACGGGACGCCUGUCCUGCCCGGCUGCAGCCCCGCACGGUGCUGGGGGUGGUGGAGCUGAUGC